ACUAUUAUUUCUCACUAUUUAUUCACAACAUUGCAAAAUUCAUGGAUACCCACCUUCUCUUCUCUUCCUCAUAGAGUCAAACCCUUAUUCAUCUUCUUCCGCCUCUUGCUUUCUCACUUCAACCAUUCCAUUUUCCCACCAAUCAACCCCUUUCAAACCCUCCUUCUUAAUCAUCUUCUUCAGGAAAACAAAAAGAUGUUCCUGAAUCACAUCACAUGCAAUGAAAUCAAACCUUAGUUUAUACUCUACAAGGUUAUUGAAUUGAGUUUUAUUUAUAACAAAAGCUUCAUUUGUUUUUUCUGCCUUUACUUUACGGCAUUAUUGUGAUUGUGAUUGUGAUUUUCACCAACCAUGGCAACCACGUUUAAAGGAAUUCGCAAGAGUUUUAAGUACAUUACUCAGAUAUUUGUUGUUAAGGAGAGGGAGAUGGAAAUUGGGUACCCGACAGAUGUUAAACAUGUGGCUCAUGUUGGAUGGGAUGGUCCCUCAGGGAAUGGACCUAGUUGGAUGGAUGAUUUUAAGAAAGUUCCUGAUUUUUCAACAUCAAUUGGUAACUUGGGUGAAAUUAGGGACUCGGAUCCUACGGCUGUUACUUCGUUAUGGUCCUCCCUAGAAAGUCAACAAUCAUCGAGCAUAUACAGUGGUCUCUCGUCUGUUGCAGGGAAUCCUAGUAUUCGAGAGAAGCCCAAGCAGAAAAAGCUUAAGUCGCCUUCCUCUUCCAGGUCACCAUCUUCAUCAAGACGAUCAAGAGCGUCAAAGUCAAAGGCUUCGUUCAACGAGAGAGAAGCAGUGCCAAUUGCUCUGGUGUAGCAGAUUCAAGAAUAGGAAAUUAGCAAGAGAAGAAAAAGAUUUGGCAUCACCAUAUCAAACGGGAUACUCCUUUCUCGAAACCCAGGGAAGACAUAAAAUAAAUAUGGCAAUGAAAGUUUUCUUGGCUUCUAGUUAGUAAAUUAUAAUUUAGUCAAACGGAAGAAGAAGAAGAACCCGAUUAUUUGUUUCAGGAAGAGAAAAAACCAAAUUAUUUGUAAUGAGUGUUUGGUUUUCUCCAAAUCAUAUAGACCUUGAACUCAUAAGCUGUUUUUGUCAAUUUUGAAGAUUAAAGGAAUGGCAUGGUGGUGUUUAGUA